UUAGCUGACAGCCUGUUGUGCUGUUUUAUUAAACUUCGAGGAGUUUUGUGUAUUACCUUGCACAUAUCCCACAACAAAGAGUUCUGCUUAGAGCGUGCACGAUUCACUGUCGUGUGUCUUAGUGUGCAUGAAUUAGGUAGCCUACUUUUCUUUUCUUUCUUUCUUUUCUUUUUGUUUGAAAAAAAGCGGUACUUCCUUGGGGGAAUUUUUAGUGAUGCGUCAUUUCUGCUAAAGUGAAGUUCUGCUUUGACCUGUGUUUUCUCUCUUCACACACUGUAAGUCCAUGGCUCCUACAGACCAACAGGAGCUUCAGGCAAUCAAUCAGAUAGCAGAGGCUCUAAGCAGCAGUGAACGCAGGAGACUCCUCUACCUGUGUGAAUGCCCGGAAACGGACAACAGUAUAGCUUGUGUGAAAGAAAUGCUGAAAUCCAAAGUGAUGGGCCAUGACAGAGGUCGCGCAUUUCUGGCAGAGCUCUUGUUACAGCUGAGACGUUUUGAUAUCCUGAGGAAGGUGAUUGGAGUCAGCAAACAUGAGGUGGAGCGGGAUCUUCAAUACCAGCAGAAUCUGCCAAGAUUCAGAGUAUUGAUGGCUCAUGUAAGUGAGGAUAUGGCUUAUGAAGAUCUGGACACUGUUAAAUUCUUGUUAAGUAGAACAUUACCUCGCGAAAAGAUGGAAAAUGCAAAGAGUUUCCUGGAUGUGAUCAUUGAACUUGAGAAGCUGGAUUUAGUUUCACCCGAAAGAGUGGACUAUGUAGAGGAAUGUUUAAUAAACACUGGCAGGAUUGACCUCGCCAAAAAAGUGGCUACUUACAAGAUGUCAGUUGCAACUCCUGAACAGCAUUUGUCCCAACAGCAAAGGUGCAGAGCUCCUUGUCCACCCCCCCCUACUCCUAGUAGUUCCCAUUCUUUUCCGCAAACAAGACAAGGACAGUCCCUCCAUACGGUGACAGGAAACAGACCAGUGCCUGUACAUGUACAGCAGAACUGUCAGAGUCAGCUUAACUGGUACAAAUUUAACAGUAAUCCCAGAGGAGUUUGUGUUAUCAUAGACUGCGUGGGUAAUGAUGGAGGCAUGUUGGAACAAACAUUUAAGGCUCUUCACUUCAAUGUGGUCAUCUACAAGUGGCUGAGUGUGGAUGACACUCUUUCAGCUCUCAGAGGGAUAUUCAAACAGAGAGAGAACCUCAAAGGUGAUGGCUUUGUCUGUUGCAUCAUUAGCCGUGGUACAGCAAACCAUCUCCUGGGUACAGACACGUACAGCGCACGUCUACAUCUGGACAGUGUCAGAGGCCUUUUCACUGCUGAUACAUGUCCCAUGAUGGCUGGCAAGCCCAAACUGUUCUUCAUCCAGAGGUACAGUGUUCCUGAGUUCCAGCCCUGUGCCAGGAUGCACCAUCGGGAUGAGGAUCUGGAGACAGAUGGGUGUGAUGGGCUGUCCAGAUAUGAUUACAUCCCUACAGAUGCAGACGUGUUCUGGAGUCACUGCUGGACGGAUGAACGUCAACUGGAGCAAGGACAUCACCGCUCUGUUUACCUGAAGGUUCUGACAGAUGCCUUACUCAAAGGCCAAAAGAGGAAAACUAAGCUUGUUGAUAUUCAUACCGAGGUGAAUGGGGCUAUCUUUGAACAUAACAGGACGAAUCCUGGAGCAAACUACCACAUUGAUCUGAAACACACUCUAAGGAAAGAUCUUUGCUUACAGUAGAGGAUUUAAUAGUCACAUUCACUGAAGACACAAUAAUGUCAGAAACCUACCAACAUAAUGCCUAAGAAGAACCUUUUUUACUGUGCAGACAGAGACACCUACUGGUUGUAUUUAUUCAAAACAAUUAUUUUUACAAAUAAUACAGAAAAAAAUAUUUCAUUGGUUGCUGUAUUGUGUAUUUAUUUAUUAUUUGAAAAUGACCAACCCAUAUUUUCUGUACAUGUAUUUAUGAAUAAUGUCAUAAGGGACAAAUGUUCUCACAGGACAAAAUAAUGAUAAUAACAAGAAACCCACCUCCCAAUGCCCCCGCCCCCAGACAUCAGCAACAUAAACAACAGAUAUAACACACCCAAUCAUUGCAUUGAAAUAGACAUUUCUAUUUAUACUGCAUUGAAAUAGAAAUUUAAAUGCAAUAGAAAUAGAAAUUGAUUCUUUUUUUUCUUUUUUUUUUACUUUUUAGAGUAAAAUGAAGCACAGUACAUACAAAGUAUAUCUACAGUAUAUCCUACACAACAUCCUGACAUUUAAUCACAGCAAUAUGUUACUUUAUUUUUUGGGGCAUUAAUGUGAAUAGCUUUUCAUUGCCUUUUAUUGUGCAGCUAAACCAGAUGUAUGAAGUAAACACUAUAUCCGUCCGUCUGUCCGUAUCUAUCUAUCUAUCUAUCUAUCUAUCUAUCUAUCUAUCUAUCUAUCUAUCUAUCUAUCUAUCUCUCUGUGGUUAUAUUUCAUUAAUUAAUUUAUUUUUUUUAAUCAUUUUAAUUUGAUAGGCCUUUAUGCAUUUUCAAGGUUUUGUCUUUUUUGUAAAGACCACUAUAUAAUUAAAAUAUUCCAUAUUAUGAACACCUUCUAAUUACUAAUAUAUUCUUAACUUCAUAGGCAGCAAACAACAAUAUAAAUUUAAAUAAUUUAACAAUACAUAAAUUGCUAUUUGUAGCAAAGUAAUUCCAAAGCAUUUAAAUGCAUGCAUUUAUUAUUUUCAAUAUGUUUUUACAGUCAGACUUGUAACUCCUGGGAACAACAGAUUGUAUAUCUUGUAUUUGACCAAGGUUGUUCUCUUUCCUUUUAAAACUUUCUUUGCCAUACUAAUAUUUAUAUUUGCUAUAUUACAAUAAAGCUGAAGAUAAACGAUGUGGGUCAGAUGAUGUCCAGUGUCAGCAUCAUUGUGUUUGGGAGGCAGGACCACAUCUGACAACAGGGUGCUGACCCCUCCCAUUCUUAAUUCAUUUAGGGUUUGCUUUUGGUAACUUUCCUGCACCCCAUCUUCACUUUCUCUUCUGUUUGUCUUGACAAGUCCAUGUUAGUUUCACUUGAGUUAUCAACCCAGACCCCAGCCAAACUACUGUUGAACUGAUGACCCACUGCUAACCCACCAACCCUUGUCAUACAACCAUUUUUGUUUUCAAUUUCAAAAAUUUGAAGACCUAUCAUAUUAAUUGAAUAUUUAUACGGCAGCUUGUUGCACUUACAUAUAAUUGUAGUAAUUUAUUUCAUGUCAAGCAGUUUCACACUGUCUCUUUAAGAUAUCUUUUAUGUAAAUGAUUUGGUAAUGUCUAUUUUGAAUUGCUUUCAAAGUAAAAUUGUAU